GUGCGGGCGGUGCUGCAGGCAGCGAGGCAGAGAUACGACGAGCAGCCCAUAUGGGUGGUCUUCCAGCCACACACCUUCAGUCGGCUGGCUCAGUUCAUGGAUGACUUUGCCCCUUCCUUCAGUGCAGCAGACCGCGUCAUCGUCACUCAGGUGUACUCGGCGCGCGAGGAGAACCGGUGGGGCGUCUCUGGUGCUGACCUGGCCAGCAACAUCACCGGCCCGCCUGCUGUCUACGUGCCCAGCCUU